AUGUACAUGGGAGGCGUCACUCUUUUCACCAUCUCCUUCACCUAUUUAUCCGUUCCACUGUAUCGACUGUUCUGUGCCAAAACUGGAUUUGCGGGGACUGUGAAGCCAGCUGAUAUGGUGGACUAUGAGAGCAAAGCAAAGCCGAUCUCAGGCAAGCGUGUGCUCAAGAUCAAGUUCAACGCAGACACAUCAGAUUCGAUGCCAUGGAAGUUCAUUCCCCAACAGUACGAGAUCAAAGUGCUGCCAGGGGAAGCUGCGUUGGCCUUCUACACAGCUGAGAACCGGACGGACAAAGCGAUCAUUGGGGUUGCAAGCUACAACAUUCAACCCGAAGGAGCAGCCUUAUACUUCAACAAGAUUCAGUGCUUUUGCUUCGAGGAACAGAUGUUGAAACCCAACGAGAAGAUCGACAUGCCUGUGUUCUUCUUCAUAGAUCCAGACUUUCUCAUGGACAAGAAUAUGAAUGCUGUGGAUACAAUCACCUUGUCCUACACCUUCUUCAAGGCAGGCGAUUCAGACGCUCCAGAGGUUGCAGGCAUGCUGCAACAACAUGCUCCCAGAAUGCACAAACAACCAGCCGCAUAG